AUUUGUGACAUUUAAAUAUACGUUAAAUCCUGAUAUUUGAAUUGAAAAACUGUGGGGAUUAGAAUUAAAACUCAAUAUAUUUAAUUUUGUUGGUUAAAUGUUAACAAAUAUAGGGGUGAAGAAAUUAUUUUCGGAAAAUGAAUUCUAAAGAAAAUAGGCCCCCGAUAUCAGGAUCAACAACAAGCACACCUAAACUGCCCGGACAAUGUGAUGGUUUUAAGAUACCGGCAGCACCAGCUAGUCGACCGUUGCUGAAUAGUGUUCAACUACAAAAUGUGACGGAUGAAGCAAGUACGUCUGAACCUAAAAAGGAUGGAAAAAAGCUUUGGGCUAUUACCGACUUUGAUCUUGGACGACCACUCGGAAAGGGUAAAUUUGGAAGUGUUUAUUUGGCAAGGGAAAAAUUAUCACAUUAUGUAGUGGCUCUUAAAGUUUUGUUCAAAAGCCAAAUUCUUUCUUCUGACAUCGAGCACCAAGUGCGGCGUGAAGUUGAAAUUCAAUGUCGCCUCCGACAUCCUAACAUUCUUCGCAUGUAUGGUUACUUCCAUGACGAAAAGCGCAUUUAUCUUAUAUUGGAAUACGCUAAACAUGGUGCUCUGUAUAGACUAUUAAGACUUCUUAAGAAAUUUGAUGAAAAGACAGCUGCAAUCUAUAUAAGAGAUUUGACUAAAGCCCUCAUUUAUUGCCACCAGAAAAAAGUUAUUCAUAGAGAUCUUAAACCAGAAAAUUUAUUGAUUGGUCACAAUUGGGAGUUGAAAAUAGCAGAUUUUGGCUGGUCUGUUCACUCACCUUCAUCUAGACGCAUGACCCUUUGUGGAACAUUAGACUAUCUAUCUCCUGAAAUGGUUGAUUCUAAACCACAUAGUUAUGCAGUUGAUAUAUGGAGUCUUGGAGUACUUUGCUAUGAAUUAUUAGUAGGACUUCCACCAUUUGAAUCGACUGAUCACAGUUUAACAUAUAAAAAAAUUAGACAUGUAAUUAUUAAGUAUCCUGAUUAUGUGUCAGAAUUAGCGAGAGAUUUAAUAGGAAAAUUGCUUGUUAUUAAGCCUGAGGACAGGCUACCAUUAGCUAAAGUUUUGAAACAUCCUUGGAUUGUUCAGAAUGCCCCAGAAGGUACAAAACCACCUCCUUUUGAUAUUGCAGAACAGAAAUAGUUCCCAAAGAUAUGACAAUUAACAUUUAAGGAAAUUGCUUAAGCUGGCUUAAAAAAGGCUUUACAGCCUUUUUUACUUAUUUCCAAUAAUCUUCAAUACUCACUACAUACAACGCCAUUCGUGAUAUACUUUAAUUCUCUACUAUACUAACUUUUUGGUUACAUUACAAUGCAAUUUUUCUUAA